GCCAGAGGGCUCUAUAUAAGAUCUGAAAGGUCGAACCUGGAGUCAGUUUUAGUGUUGAUCAUCAGAGGAGCUGCUGCGAGCCAACAAGAGAGACAACAGGAUGCAGAUGUCCCACAGACCCAUGCAGCUGUUCGCCGUCAUGCUUCUCAUCGUCUCCACAUCGGGACAGUUUGAUCAGAACAAGAGCCGUCGAGCUGUCACCGAACACCAGCUGAUGCACGACCGCAGCCAAAACAUCCAGAGUCUAAAGAGACUCAUCUGGCUGUCCAGCGCCAUCGAAGACCUCCACACUGCCCAGACCCGGUCUGUUGCCUUUAACCCCUCAAAGUCAUUGAACCUGGCUCUGAAUCCUGCGGCCGAGAGCCCCCAACCCAGCCGGAUGCAGAGCGUCCUGGGAGACUUCUUUAACAACCCUUACCUGAGCCACCUGCCUGACAGAGAGGCCUGACACUGACAUGAAGAAGCUGUUGUACAUGUAAAUACAAGUAAUGUUUAUUAUUUGGACAAUAAAACGUUUGAAAGCAGAGGAGCUAAAACAUCCAUUCACCUACUGACGCGUUGAAGAGCAGAUUAAUGUAGCUGUGAAGGAUUUAAAGCACAGGGAUUCACUCCUCCAGCAAAAUGCAGAACAGACAGAAACAUAUGAGUGAAGUGUUUAUUUAAAUGUACACGUAUGUUUAUAUCACUGUUAGUGUGCAGACUACUGUCCAAAGACUUCAAUGCUUUGGCAACAUUGUUUUUGAAUUGUCAUGCCAAUAAAGCACUUUGAAUUAAAC